AUGAUUGCACGCCAUGAAGAAGAAUUUGACCUUUUCAUGCGUAUGGACCUAGAUCGCCGCAGGGAAGAUGCCCGAAACCCAAACCGCAAGCCACGCUUGAUGGAAGAAGAUGACCUUCCCUCCUGGAUCAUCAAAGAUGAUGCUGAAGUUGAACGUCUGACUUGUGAAGAAGAGGAGGAGAAAAUAUUUGGAAGAGGGUCACGCCAACGGAGAGAUGUAGACUAUAGUGACGCUCUUACAGACAAACAGUGGCUCAGAGUA